UGUUGUUUGGACCACCAGAAAAGCGAAAAAGAAAAGAAAGAAAGCCAGACACAGUUGAGCACGGGAGACGCGAGAAUAUGCAGAGAAGCAGUCUGAUCUAGCCACGUCAAGAUCAUCGUAAAGAAAAAGUUUCUCUCGCCAGAGUGAAGGUGGAAGAUUCAUCCUCAAAGUUUUCAACUUUAUUUCUGAGAUUUACUGCCCAACUCUGCGUCCUCGGUUAGAUCUCCGAACGCACUGUACACUACCAUAGCCGUGGCUGACUUCAAUUCCGAUUGGUCAUGGCUCCUCCGCCACAGUCUCAGCGAUCUUCGUCACCGUCUCAGCCUUCCGGAAAAGGCGAAGUUGCCGAUGUGAAAUCACAGCUCCGGAAUCUAGCCGGCAGCCGGGCUCCAGGAGUAGAUGAUUCAAAGCGGGAGUUAUUCAAGAAGGUUAUCUCUUACAUGACAAUCGGCAUUGAUGUCUCUUCUGUCUUUGGCGAGAUGGUCAUGUGUUCAGCAACAUCAGAUAUCGUUUUGAAGAAAAUGUGUUAUCUCUACGUUGGGAAUUAUGCAAAGGUCAAUCCGGACCUUGCACUGCUGACGAUCAAUUUUCUUCAAAGAGAUUGCAAGGAUGCGGACCCAAUGAUCCGAGGACUUGCAUUGAGGAGCUUGUGUUCGCUGCGGGUGGCAAACCUGGUGGAGUAUUUGGUGGGGCCCUUGGGUGCAGGUUUGAAGGACAAUAAUAGCUAUGUGAGGAUGAUAGCAGUUAUGGGGGUUCUCAAAUUGUAUCAUAUAUCAGCUUCAACUUGUGUUGAUGCAGAUUUCCCAGCAAUGCUUAAGCAUUUGUUGCUUAAUGACCGUGAUACACAGGUGGUUGCAAAUUGUUUGUCUGCCUUACAAGAGAUUUGGAGCUUAGAAGGAAGCACGUCCGAGGAAGUAUCCAGGGAAAGAGAAAUUUUGCUCAGCAAGCCAGUUAUAUAUUAUCUUUUGAAUAGGAUCAGGGAGUUUAGUGAAUGGGCACAAUGUCUUGUACUUGAGUUGGUAGGUAAAUAUGUACCUGCAGAUAGCAGUGAGAUAUUUGAUGUCAUGAAUCUGCUCGAGGAUAGACUUCAGCAUGCAAAUGGUGCUGUUGUCUUAGCAACCACAAAAGUAUUUCUUCAAUUGACUCUGUCAAUGACUGAUGUUCAUCAGCAGGUAUAUGAACGCAUUAAAGCUCCUCUCCUGACCUUAGUGAGUUCGGGAAGUCCAGAGCAAUCUUAUGCAGUUCUAAGCCACCUGCAUCUUUUGGUGACUCGUGCACCAUUCAUAUUUUCUUCAGACUAUAAACACUUCUAUUGCCAGUACAAUGAGCCAUCUUAUGUUAAAAAGUUGAAGCUUGAGAUGUUGACUGCAGUGGCAAAUGAGAGCAACACUUAUGAAAUUGUGACGGAAUUAUGUGAAUAUGCUGCAAAUGUUGAUAUUCCCAUUGCAAGAGAGUCAAUCCGUGCAGUUGGGAAAAUAGCUCUACAACAGUAUGAUGUGAAUGCAAUUGUUGAUCGGCUUCUUCAAUUUCUGGAGAUGGAAAAGGACUAUGUAACUGCUGAAGCUCUGGUUCUUGUAAAAGAUCUGCUGAGGAAAUAUCCACAAUGGAGUCAUGAUUGCAUUGCAGUUGUUGGGAACAUCAGCAGCAAAAAUGUUCAAGAACCCAAGGCCAAGGCAGCUCUUAUAUGGAUGCUUGGGGAGUAUUCUCAGGAAAUGCAGGACGCACCUUAUAUUUUAGAGAGUUUGAUUGAAAAUUGGGAGGAUGAGCAUUCGGCUGAGGUUCGCUUACAUCUACUCACAGCAGUAAUGAAGUGCUUUUUUAAGAGGCCACCUGAGACUCAGAAAUCCUUGGGAGCUGCACUGGCUGCAGGUCUUGCUGAUUUUCACCAGGAUGUUCAUGAUAGAGCGUUGUUCUACUACAGGCUUUUGCAAUAUAACAUGAGUACAGCAGAACAAGUGGUGAACCCUCCAAAGCAAGCUGUUUCUGUCUUUGCUGAUACCCAGAGCAGUGAAAUCAAAGAUCGGAUAUUUGAUGAAUUUAACAGUUUGUCUGUUGUAUAUCAGCAGCCAUCGUACAUGUUUACUUAUAAGGAACACAGAGGGCCCUUUGAGUUUUCAGACGAAAUUGGAAAUUUAUCUAUUGGGACAGAAUCUGCAGAUACUGUUGCUCAAGCUCAUAGAGUUGAGGCAAAUGAUAAGGAUCUUCUUUUAAGUACCUCGGAGAAGGAAGAGACAAGAGGUCUCAAUAACAAUUCUUCUGCAUAUAGUGCUCCUUCAUAUGAUGUUUCGUCAGUGCCUGUUCCCACUUCUCAAAUGUCAGAGUUGGCGAUUUCAAAUCCCUCGGUGCCAGGAAAUGCUCCACAGUCUGGCUUUGCAAUUGAUGAUCUGCUUGGCUUGGGUCUACCUGCUGCACCUGCGCCUGCACCUUCACCUCCUCCUUUGAAGCUUAACCCAAAAGCUGUUCUGGAUCCAACCACUUUUCAGCAGAAAUGGCGCCAACUGCCGAUAUCGUUAUCACAGGAGUAUUCUAUUACGCCUGAAGGAGUUGCAGCAUUGACAACGCCUCAAGCACUCCUGCGGCAUAUGCAAGGCCAAGCCAUUCACUGCAUUGCAUCCGGUGGCCAAUCCCCCAACUUCAAGUUUUUCUUCUUUGCACAAAAGGCAGAAGAAUCUUCUACAUUUUUGGUAGAGUGUAUAGUCAACACAUCAUCCGCCAAAGCUCAAAUAAAGAUUAAAGCCGAUGAUCAAAGUGCAACCCAGCCCUUUUCAUCCGUGUUCCAAUCUGCCUUGUCCAAAUUCGGCAUGCCAUGAGUACAUCAAGAUAGAUCCUUAGCUGGAAGUAGAUCACAAGUGAUUAGUUUCCUCAGGAGACAAAAGGAAGAGAGAGAGAGAGAGAGAGAGAGAAUGUGUGAUUUUGUAGCUGUAGAUCAAUCUACAAUGAGAUUGCAUAGGGGGUGACUGGAGUUUUUUCUUUAAAUGUUUUUUUUUCUUUCUUAUGUUGUAAAACCUGAACAUUGUUUCUGUUGUGCACCCCAACCACCACCCCCCAAGUUUCUGAAGCUUUCGAUGUACCGUGAGUGUAAAAUUCCUGUAUGUGAUUCAUUUUUAAGCAGGCACAUUGCGCAUAAUAAGUACUACAUUUUUAUUGUACAGAAACUUUUCUACUGGAA